AUGGCAGCUGCAGAUUUCGGCAAAGUUGGCUUCAUCGGGCUUGGAGCCAUGGGAAAGCCCAUGGCCCAACAGCUAGCAACAAAGCUGCCAGAGCAAUCGCGCAUCUAUGUUUUUGAUGUAAUUGAAGACGCUGUGCAUGAUUUUGCUGCUCAAUUUCCUGGCAAAGUCUUUCCUGAAGGAUCAGCCAAAGAUGUCGCUAUAAAAUCGGACAUCGUGAUUUCAAUGGUGCCUGAAGGAAACCAUGUCAGGGAGGUAUAUCUUAAUGAUCAGACCGGGAUUUGCACUUUCGAUUUAGAGAAGCGAAUCUUCAUCGACUGCUCGACAAUCGAUAUAGCAACUAGUCUGGAGGUAAAACAGCGAGUUACCGACCUACAUCCCCAAGCCUCAUUCUAUGAUGCACCAGUUAGCGGUGGGACUCUUGGUGCCCAGAAAGGCACUAUUUCAUUCUUUCUCGGAUGCGAAAAGGAUGACCCACAUUUUCAAUUUUUGUCGGAGCUUCUUAGCUUGAUGGGCAAGAAGGCCAUUGCCUGUGGAGGCCCAUCUUUUGGACUAGCAUCGAAGCUGUGCAAUAAUUACCUUUCCGGUUUAAUCGCUAUCGCCAGCUCUGAAGCUCUCAAUAUCGGUAUCCGUGCGGGCUUAGACCCAAGAAUUUUGUCAAGCGUUUUCGCGGCUGGAACAGCACAGAACAACAUCUGCGAUUCUUGGAAUCCUUGUCCUGGUGUGGUAGCUGAAGCUCCAUCAAGCAAGGACUAUCAGGGCGGUUUUAAAGUUCAGUUGAUGAAAAAGGACUUUUCUUUGGCAAUGGAUUUGGCUCAUAGUGUCGGAGCUCGAUUAGCUUUGGGGGAACGCGGACUGGAGACUUAUGAAGGUGCUUCAGAAGACCCUAGAUGCCGUGAUCUCGACUCACGAGUUGUUUUUCGCUAUCUUGGGGGCAUCGAGAAUUGGAGAAGGCGAGAUUAG